AUGUUCACCGUGACCAGGGCUCUUGAAGAGGCUCUUCUUCAGCACUUCAUAUACCAGAAGCUGGAGAUCUCCUAUGCCAUACACAAGCCAUUUCCCUUCUUUGAGAGCCUCCGAGACAAGUCCUUCAUCAGUGAGAGGACCUACCGGGAAUGUGUGGAAGCCUGCCAAAAUUUGGUCCCUGUAUCCAGAGUGGUGCACAAUACUCUCACCAAACUGGAGGGAACGUUUAACCUGCCACUUCUGAUGGCCUUGUUCAGCCCAAUUAACCUGCAAGAAUACCCCAAUCUAAUGAAGAUUUACAAGAGCUUCAGACGUGAGUGGAAUACAACCACACCAAUCCUGACUGAAGUCCCAAGUGACCCAGCAGAAGGGAGCUCCAGUAUUCGACCUCCACUCCCAUACCUGGUACAACGGCCACAGCUCCUACCCCCACCAUCAAAUCAUCUGUCCUGUGCACGGAGGGUCAGCCAGUCUGUGACAUUCACACAACAAAGUGAUGUGAUCCUGGGCGAACUACCCAGCCCUUCUGGCCCUGCCAUGGCCCUUCCUGGACUCAUCCAGAAAGGAAGGAUUACUCCAGUGAUAAGAGAAGAGUCUCCUGAAUCAAAUGGCCCAGCAGAGCUCCAAAAAAUAUCUGCUACAGCUCCAAACCAGAAAGGAAAGAAAAGAAAAACAAGUGUCUUGUCAACUCCAAAAGAGAGCUAUCAAGAAAAAAGUCUCCCAAGAGGGGCAUCCUCCUCACCUGCUCUUGGAAUUCAAGAGAAGCUCCAAGUGGUAGACCAGAUGAAUCAAGUGAAGGACAACUGAACUCAAAAGUUAUCAAAAGUUAUGACAAGAGUCCAAAAGACAAUGAUUAAAUGUAUUCCAAUUCCUGAACCAGAAAAAAAGGAAGCUGAAGAUGAAGCUGUGGAUUUUCACUCGCCUAAACUCCCCGUGACCUGUGGGAAGGCAAAAGGAAUUUUAUACAAAGAGAAACUGAAGCAAGGACCCUCUGAAAAGUGCAUUCAGGAUGAGAAGGGAGCUUGGUUCACGCCAAAAGAAUUUGAAAUUGCAGGAAAUGGGACAAUGUCAAAGAACUGGAAGAAGAGCGUGUUUUGCAAGGGACAGAGCCUGGGAAAGCUGCAGGAGAAAGGACUUUUGUCCAUUCCUUCAAGAGAUCCUCCUCUGGAGCAGAAGCGGGCUGAGGGCUCUGAGGACCGCUCAGAGCAAAGGCGCCAGAUCCGCAAGCCAGCUCCAUCCCGGGACAGGGGCGCCCCACGGCAGUGGAACCAGGCGGGUCAGAGCCCCAGCCGAGGUCGGGGGAAGGGCCCUGGACGAAGAAGCAGCAUCCUGAGUGGCAGCUACAGCCUUGAAGACAGUGAUGACAGCGAUUACUACGUUGAGGACAGAGGUGGUAGAACCCCCAGAAGGCAGCCCGCGAAGGCACAGAUCAGGGGUCCCCGAAAUGUGGAGAGCGAUAAGAGGGUCGACUGCCCAGCCCUUCCCCCCGGGUGGAAGAAGGAGGAAGUGAUCCGAAAAUCUGGGCUCAGUGCAGGCAGGAGUGAUGUCUACUACUUCAGUCCAAGCGGCCAGAAGUUCCGGAGCAAAGUCCAGCUGGCCCAGUACCUGAGUGGUACUGUGGAUCUCAGCAAUUUUGACUAUAAGACUGGAGAGAUGACGCCGAGUAAACUACACAUGAAGAAACAGUAA